UAUCGAUAUAACUGCAAGAGCUGGUCACUCUACGUAAUUCCACUAAUUUCGGCACAAUUUUCCAGAUCCACACAAACUAAUCCAAGACAAAGAGGAAGAUUCAGAAUUCCUCCGGCUACGAUGGAGUUUCCACCUUGUCCCCCCUCCUUGAAGUCCAUUCAGCACUUCUUGAAACUGGCCCAAGAGCACGACACAAGGGAUGUGGUCAUUGCCUACUGGGCGAGACUCUAUGCCCUCCAAGUGGGUCUCAAGGCCUCCACCCAAACGGGUGAGGAAACCAAAUUGCUCCUCGGCUUGAUGGAUUGGCUGGAGCAGAUGAAGAAGCAGCAUACGGACAACGAGGCCUUGACCAAUGAGGUGGCUGCCCAAGCUCACAUUGAAAACUACGCCUUGAAACUAUUCCUGUACGCCGAUAAACAGGAUCGCGAGGAGAACUUUGGCAAAAACGUCGUCAAGGCCUUCUACUCCAGCGGAGUGCUGUACGACAUACUCCAGACCUUCGGGGAACUGAGCGAGGAGGCGCUGCACAACAGGAAGUACGCCAAGUGGAAGGCGGCCUACAUACACAAUUGCCUGAAAAACGGAGAGACACCGAUUCCCGGUCCCUUGCCAGAUGACGAUGAUGAGGCGGAACUCGAGGGGGAGAAUACCAACGCUUCGGCUACGGACACAUCGCCAGAGGAUGUAGCGGGAGCAGCUGCUCCUGCCCCUGAUACCCAGCCGCCUGCUCCAUCUUCGCCGACGACUUCCAGCGUGGUUCCCCCCACCGUCGAGGAGGUGCUAAACAAUCCGAACAAAUUGCCCAGUCCGCCGGUGGAUGAGGAAAAGCCCGGUGGCUUUGAGCCCUAUGUGCCCACAGGUCAGCCCCAUCCAGCCACGGCGGCCACCAUUUACCAGCCCAUUGUGCCCGUGGCCGGAGUGCACAUCACUCCUGACCAAAUGAUUACCGCCCAGAAGUAUUGCAAGUACGCAGGAAGUGCCCUCAACUAUGAUGACGUGAAGACCGCCAUCGAGAACCUGCAGAAGGCCCUAAAGCUCCUGAGCACUGGAUCCGAGUAGGGCACACACACCAGUUAAUUGUAUUUAGGAAUCGAUUCCUAGGCACAGUUAUAGCUUAGAGCACCACAGUAUACCCUUAAUAAUCUCUCCGCUAAUCGCGCGUUGCAAAACGAAAUUAAUACGAAUUUCAGAUUGACUGACAUGUUGGAUAAUUAAUUUUAAAUAUGUAUGAGUUGUUCAAAUUUAUUAAAAUUGUUUCUAAAAGUCGUAA